GCCCUUUGUCUGCCUUUGUCUCCACAUAUAACGGUUAUUUGUUAUCUUCAAAAAUAAUUAACAAUAAAAUAACAAGAAUAAUAAACUUACAAAAUCGAAGACGUAUCAGAUCAACAAAGGAAAAAAAAAACAGGAUACAAAAUUCAAUUCAUAAGUGAUAUAUAUUAUUGAAAAUAUAAAUAAAAUGACAGCAAUUGGAAUUGAUCUGGGUACCACAAAUUUUUGUGCAGCUGUUUGGAAGGAUGAUAUGUUGAAAGUGAUUCCAAAUGCUCAAGGAAAAAGAACAUCAUCAUCAUAUGUUGGAUUCACCAACACAAAACAUCUGAUUGGUGAUGUAGCAAAAAAUCAAGCUAUUAUGAAUCCAACCAAUACUUUGUUUAAUGUUAAACGACUUGUUGGACAAAGCUUUGAUAAUCCUGAUAUUCAACAACUUAUUGAUAAAUUUCCAUUUAAGAUUGUUGCUGUUAAUAAUACAUUAAAAAUACAAGUUGAAUUUUGUGGUGACAAAAAGGAAUAUCAUCCAGAAGAAAUAAUGGCACAAUAUUUGGCACAAGUAAAAGAAUCAGCUGAGUUGUUUCUUGGUGAAACAAUUGAUAAUGCUGUAUUGACAGUACCAGCAUCAUUUAGUUUAUCUCAACGUGAAAACAUGAAAAUUGCUGGUAAAAUUGCUGGUCUUAAUAUUUUAAGAGUCAUAAGUGAAUCAACAGCAACAGCAUUAACAUAUGGAAUGACUAAAAAUGUCGAAGGUAUUAAAAAUGUUGUUGUUUUUGAUGUUGGUGGUGGUAAUACUGAUGUUUCAGUAUUAUUAAUUGAAGAUGGUCUUCUAUAUGAAGUCUUAUCAACUGCUGGAAAUCGUAAUCUUGGUGGUGAAGAUUUUAAUUCAAUAUUAAUUAAACAUCUUUGUGAACAAUUUUACAUUAUUAGUGGAUUGGAUUUAACUGAAAAUGUAAAAGCAUUGAAAAAGUUAGAAAAAGCAGCUAUUAAUGCUAAACAUAAUUUAUCAAGUGACACUGAGACAUUAGUCUCUGUUGAUAAUAUUGUUGGUGAUACUGAUUUGGAAAUUAAAAUAACAAGAGAUAUAUUUGAGAAGCUUUGUAAUGAUUUAUUUCAAUUGACAAUUAAUUGUGUUAAAGGAGCAUUAAGAGAUGCAAAAGUUGAAAAAGAAAGCAUUGAUGAAAUUUUACUUGUUGGUGGUUCAACGAGAAUUCCAAAAAUUAGAAUAAUGCUUCAAGAAUUUUUUAAUGGUAAACAACUAAAUUUUUCAGUAUGCAGUGAUGAAACAGUUGCAUAUGGAGCUGCUAUUCAAGCAGCUAUGUUGUCUGAAGAGAAAAAUAAAUCACCCAAACUUCAAGGUGUUCAACUGACUGAUGUUAUGCCAAAUAACAUUGGUGUUUUUUUUCAUGAAACUCAUAUGUAUAAUUUUAUCCAUAAAAAUGAUACAAUACCCUGUCAAGAAACAAGAGAAUUCACUUUGAGAACUUAUGAACUUUUUGUGUUGUUUAAAUUUUAUGAGACUGAUAAUGAAUUAUUCAACAAUAAAAAAAUUAUUAAAGCACUAAAAUUAUCUGGAGUUAGAGUCGAAUGGAAUAAAAUACGUUUUAAUAUCACAUUAGAUGUUGAUAUUGAUGGAAAUAUUUACGUAGCUUCAAAAGAUAUUCAUUCUAACUCUAUUAAUUAUACCAAAAUCAUUGACACAACAGGAUUUGGGUCAAGUACAGAAAUUACACAAAUGAUUACAGAGGCCAAAAAAUUACGAGAUUAUGACCUUGAUCAACGUGAAGCCAUGAAAGCAAAAUAUGAUGUUGAAUCAUAUUUAUAUACAUUAAAACAAUCUAUUGAUGAUGAAAAUUGUGAUUUAGAUGAAAUAGAAAAGAAUAAAGUAACAGAACUUUGUGAACAAAUAAAGAAUUUUCUAACAGAAAAUUCAUCUGCAAAAAAAAAUAAAUGUCUCAGUGUAUUAAAUAAGGCAAAAAUAAUUUACAAUAAUAUCGUAUCAAAAAAAAUCAAGGAAAAGAAACAAGCAAAAGGUCAGUUGAAAAAUUAUUUAUCAUUAGUUGAACAAACUAUUGAAGAAAAUGAUGUUAUUAAUGCUGAACUCGGUGAUAUUUGUGACAAUACUAAUGAAUGGUUAAAUGCUAAUAAUAAAUCAGCAAAAAUUAAUGAUUACAAUGAAACUUUGGAAAAAAUAAAACAAUCAUGCUAUACAGUGAUGACAGAAGAACAAAGAGAAAAAGUUAAAGUUAAAAAUGAGCUUGAAUCAUUACUUUUGUCAAUAAAACUUGAAGUUCAAGAUGAAAAUUCAAUUCUUGAUGAUGAUCAAAAAAAAAAAUUAUCUAAAGCUUACAGUACCUUUGAAGAAUGGCUUGAAAGUGGACCAGAUGUUACCGAGUAUUAUAAAUCACAAUUGAAUGAUCUUACUAAUUACUAUAAUGAUGAAAUGAAGAAAUCAAGACAUGCUAAAACAGCUGGUUGCUCUGAUGCCAAGAAAAAAAAACUUAAAUUAUAA